AUCAAUUUCACUUCAAAAUAAUUAUAAUCAAUUAUUUUGAAACAUUUGUUUAGUCGACUUGACAUGCUUAAAUAAUUGUAUGGAAAAUCAUAAACUUCAAUAAUUCCUAAGAAUCAAGACAAUGGCCAAUGCUGAAUUGACAGCUGAAAGUGCUGUAUUUAUGUAUUUACAAAACUAUGUCGAUUUGACCGAAAAUUUUCCCAACGAUAUGGCUCGAUUAAUAUCUGAGAUACAUAUGAUUGAUGUUGAACGAACAAAGUAUACGAAAUUGAUGGACUAUUAUAAAGAUAAAUAUCUUAAAAAGCAAAAUGAAUGGAGCAAUGAAGAGAAAAUUAAAAUUUUAAACAAAAUCGAAAUUGUUCUUCUUGCAUUGGAAAAAGAAUCCGAUACCAAAUUAGAUGUUGUGCGAUCAAUGCUCGAACAAAUUGAUUUGAAAAGUCGACAAUUAGAUGCUAGCUAUCGACUAGCCAAUACAUUGUCCAAUCAAUCGAAUCAGGCAAACGGUUUAGCUGGUUCGAGCUAUUCUAAUUCAAAUAGCAAAAACUCCAAUCAUCAAACUUCUCGACACCAUGAAAAUCAAUCGAAUGGUCGUAAUUCGCCCGCAUUUCAUUCAAAAGAAAAGGAUCAUCAUCAAUCAUCAAAUGGGACAAAUAAACGAAUGCGACGUGGAUCAAGUAAACAUAAUAAUCAUAAUAAUGAUUAUGGUAGCGGCGAUGAUCGUUCAUCGACACCUGUAGCAAGUAAUCAGGAUCGUGGUACUAAUCAACAAUCCGGUCAGAAACGUGGUGGUAACAAUAAACGUGGUAUUAAAACUAGCAGUAAUAACAAAACGGAAAAACGUGGCAAAUCAUCAUCAUCAGCGGCUGCAGCAGCAAAUUCUUCAAAUGCAUCAUAUCAUAAUGAUGAUUCACAAUUGAAUGACGAUGCAUAUGAUCCUAAUGAACCGACAUAUUGUUUAUGUGAACAAGUUUCAUAUGGAGAAAUGAUCUGCUGUGACAAUGCACAAUGUUCAAUAGAAUGGUUUCAUUUUGUAUGUGUAAAUUUAACAACCAAACCUAAAGGAAAAUGGUAUUGUCCACAAUGUCGUGGUGAACGUAGUAAUAUACCUCGUAAAUAACCGAUUUUUAACAUUAACAUAUUUUCAUUAAAUAUAACGACAGCUACACUAAUUUUCAUUUACAUAUUAAAAUUCUCAUAUAAU